UGCUCGCCUUUCCCUUCGCUGGGCGAGAGGUGUCUAUGGGGCACCCGCUGCCGCCGCCGCUACCGCCACCGCCACCGCCGCCGGGUGCUGUCUCUAUGGCGAGGAGGAGGAGGAGGAGCGCGAGCUCAGCGACACAAGUACAUAAAUAAAGGAUAAAAUAUUUUAUGAAACAAAUCUUCAAUCAAGUAUAACAUUUUGAUGCUUGGCAUCUAGACUCCCUUGUGCCCUCACUAUGCCAGCGGCAACUGUAGAUCAUAGCCAAAGAAUUUGUGAAGUUUGGGCUUGCAACUUGGAUGAAGAGAUGAAGAAAAUUCGUCAAGUUAUCCGAAAAUAUAAUUACGUUGCUAUGGACACCGAGUUUCCAGGUGUGGUUGCAAGACCCAUUGGAGAAUUCAGGAGCAAUGCUGACUAUCAAUACCAACUAUUGCGGUGUAAUGUAGACUUGUUAAAGAUAAUUCAGCUAGGACUGACAUUUAUGAAUGAGCAAGGAGAAUACCCUCCAGGAACUUCAACUUGGCAGUUUAAUUUUAAAUUUAAUUUGACGGAGGACAUGUAUGCCCAGGACUCUAUAGAGCUACUAACAACAUCUGGUAUCCAGUUUAAAAAACAUGAGGAGGAAGGAAUUGAAACCCAGUACUUUGCAGAACUUCUUAUGACUUCUGGAGUGGUCCUCUGUGAAGGGGUCAAAUGGUUGUCAUUUCAUAGCGGUUACGACUUUGGCUACUUAAUCAAAAUCCUAACCAACUCUAACUUGCCUGAAGAAGAACUUGACUUCUUUGAGAUCCUUCGAUUGUUUUUUCCUGUCAUUUAUGAUGUGAAGUACCUCAUGAAGAGCUGCAAAAAUCUCAAAGGUGGAUUACAGGAGGUGGCAGAACAGUUAGAGCUGGAACGGAUAGGACCACAACAUCAGGCAGGAUCUGAUUCAUUGCUCACAGGAAUGGCCUUUUUCAAAAUGAGAGAAAUGUUCUUUGAAGAUCAUAUUGAUGAUGCCAAAUAUUGUGGUCAUUUGUAUGGCCUUGGUUCUGGUUCAUCCUAUGUACAGAAUGGCACAGGGAAUGCAUAUGAAGAGGAAGCCAACAAGCAGUCAUGACAUGAAAUAGUCCUUUUAUUUUUAUUUCGAGCUACACACAUGCUUGUAUAUAGGUUUUAUCUCUGGUUGAAUCCCUCGAACAAUAGACAGUACCUUUCCCCCCCCUUUCAUGGCCCAUUUUAUUGUCUGCCUUUCAGUACUAAGUAUGACCGUUCCUAUCUCAGAUCUUAAUAAAAAGAAAAAAAAAAAAAAACGCAUUCAGGUUAAAUUUGGCCUUAAUUUAAUAUACUUGUUAGCAAGCGUGUGUGACAGAGAGUGGGGAAAGCUACAUCAUUGAAUAUUUUGAUAAACUUUACCUACUUGAGUUUGGUUUAUUUUUCCCUUUUCCUAAAUUAACUAGCACUGACUGUAAUUUAUUUCCCUGUUUCACGUCUCUCCCUUCCAUUCUGCAGGAGUUUUAGCUAUUUGAGAUCGUGGACCAUCAGUUUUGCACUUUAGAGAGUGUUUCUGACUCUAAACCUGUUUUAUCAGAAAAUUUGUUUUUUCUUGAUCUUAGCUGGAAAAAUCUGCCAACUUUACACAGUAUUUACUUGGUUUUGACCCACAGAAUAUAGCGCGUUGUGCAAACUCUUGAUUCAGCGAAACUUAGACAAGAAACUACUGAGGAGCUUAGUAACUGCUGUUUCUGUACGUAGUGUUUAAUCUUCCAAGCACAUCUAGUGUCUGUCAGUUUCUAAUUGGCAUGUGUAGGCUGCUCUGUGACUGAAGAAUUUUCAAACCAGCUUUACACCCUUCAGGAAAAAUCCCUUGUGAUUGGAUGUUUACUAUCUAUCUGCCAGGAAACUGGUACUCAAGAUGUUGAAGCUACAGUUAUUUUAUGAUAGCACACUUCCCUUGAUCUGCUUAUUUUUAUUCCAUCACCAUUUACCCUUUUUUUUUUUUUUUAAAUUUUGUAGCCAUUCUUAUGAUGCUCUUGAUUUGUUGGUUACACAAAUCAAUUUUAUUAAAAUCCAAAGAUAAGUCUUUAGGUAUAUUUUGUACCAAAUUAAAUUAGAAGACAAAAAUUGUGCUUUCAUAGUUGCUACAAAGGUAAAUAAUGGAGAGAUUUGGUACAAAACAACAAAAUAUAUAUAUAUUCUCAUAUAUAUAUAUAUAGCUGAUAAAAUUACCUGAGGAGUGUAAUGCUUGUUUAUUUUUUUGUGUAUAUCUUUGCAAUCUAUUUUAUAUAUAUUGACAAAAGAGACUGUGAAAUACUUAGCCAUGCAGAAUAUGUGACCAGACCAGAGCAUGUGUAGGAAGACUUUUCGGUAAUCAUUAACUCUACCCCGAAAUGAUGGACUACAAGUUAUAAUGUGUGUUACCUACACUUCAAUCAGUAAUAUUAGCAAAUCUCCAAAUGUUAGUCACAUUGGUUUGUCUCCCUUGUACAUUCUUUAUUCAUGAUAUUACAGUGCUGUAACUGGGUGGUCCUUUUUAAACAAAACAUUAUUUGCAAAACAGAGGGUAUUAUUUGUUUUUAAAGCUUUUGUAAAUAAAGGCUUCAAAAUGUUUUCUUAUAAA